CACAAAUUUUGAUAUUGUCACAAGGAAAAACGGAACUUGUCAUGCCGACUGAGGCCCCAAGGGAAAAGCGGGCCGGUUUGUGGUCGUGCGAAUAUCUACGUGAAAAGUAAAAAGUUAGGUGCUCUUUAUGUUCAUGCUUGCAAUUAGUACGACGAGCACGACGACGGCGAUACCCUUGCAGGGGAUAAUCGACCACAAGCAGCGUGGAGGAUGAAGAGCAGGAAACAUCGUUCGGGGAGAGGCGUCGAGCGGACGGCCAAAAUCAACACAAGUCAGGCUUGCUGACCAACUCCGAUAGUAGUUCUGGAAGCAAGCAGACGGAGCAUGACCACGACGAGAAGGCGGCCCUAAUAUCAAUGCGAAAAACGCCUCAGCAGGCUCAGCUCCGUACCUAAAUGACAAUGACUACACAAGCUCUAGUAGCUGCACUAUUUCUAUUAUUACCCCCGUAUUCAUUUUUGCGCGUGGCUGGACCGCAAAACCAAAAUUAUAUAGAAAGAAGAGUAAGUCUAAAUGUAAAUUUAGAUUUAAUUAUCAUUAUUGCGCCUUGUUUCUACUUUUGGUUUUGCUCCAGAUGAAUAUUUUUGACUUUUGCAUCAGAUGAUGAAGCAGAACCAGAAGCACGAAGCAAGCAACGCACAUAGCCGAGACAAACACAGACUUCGUUCUUCUUCACAUGAAGUGGUCACUGUCAGUGGCUAUUAAGGCGAUGCCGAAGCUGAGGCGUUUUUCAAUAUCAUAGGAUGCUGAGUUGCCGCAGGCAAGGAGGUUGCGCGAUCAUGAUGAAACUACACGCCGAACUAGUAUUCCUUGCAAGAAUCGCCCCGCCUUGCAUGUGCGAAGGCCAUCGACGACGAGGGCGAUGUGCAAAAUGCGCCACAUCGUUUGCGUUCGCUGCAAGAGGGGGCUAGUUGUGUGCUUCUAAUAGAAUGUAUGCUCCUGGUGCGAUUGGCAAUUUAUUACCAAAGCGCAGCGACGCCCCCAGUCUCGCUUUCUCAUUCGAGUGCUUCGCGAAGCGCUGGGUCGUGGCGAGUCAAUGUCGGUUGCUCUUGUACCUGGCUACUGGCCACUUAAAAUUGCGAACAGCGCGAAGGGCCCUCCUCCCAUCUCGAACAACACAGCGUGGUACGGAUGAAGCAACUGCAACAACUGGCAGCACGCUGCUCAGCGUCAGCACUCAGCAGUUCUAUUCAUAUGCAUGAUCGGGGACGGGGAGGCUUUCUUUCAGGAAACUAGCGGGCGACAGCCGGACGGAUCUUGUUCUUGGAGCUGCGACGCAGUCAUCUGCGUCAGUACCCCAGUCGGGCCACUCAUUUCUGUGCCGUGAAGCUUCGUGCGGCUCCGUCUCUUUACCUCAGCGUGCCUCUGAAGGAGGUGUAGAAGAUGAAGAAAAUGGAGAUCGAAAUCUACGAGAACACCGAACGGGAACCCCAAUAGAAGGAGAUGAAGCACCACGUGCCGCAUCCCUUUCGCCCGACCUCAGGCAAGCAACCUCCACACCUCCCCCCGGGGCAGACGCAGGACUAAAAAUUAUUGCGACGCAACAUCUUCCGCUGCUGGGAGUGGGAGCCCCCAAGCCUCCUGCAUCUGCGCGUCCGCGGCCCCGGCGUGGUCCUGCCCCUCCUCAUGACCCACUCGCACCUCAGGACGAUGGAGAACAUCUUGAUACUCCCCCGCAGCUGGUGGACAACAAGGGCGCUAAGGGGGGUGGCAAGAAGGGGAAGCACAAGCAGGGCGACACGGACGCCAACGGGAGCGGCGAUGAGGGCGGGGGCAAGGGCAUGCACAUGCUGUUGCCAUCAACGACUUCGCUGGACCCGGAUGCGGCGGGCGCCAUCGCGAUCGCCAAGCAGGAGGCUAUUAAAGGAAAAGGAGGCCCGUCUCGCCCUCGCACUUCUACUAGACCGGCGAAGGGCGCCAUCGCCAAGCAGGCGGCUAUGAAAGGAAAAGGAGGCCUGCCUGGCACUGCUACUAGAAGUGCGCCAGCUUCUCCUGGCGCCAAUCAUGAAAUUUUUUCAAAAGCCAACAUAUUGCCGGGCGGCAAGGACAACGAGGGCGGCCGCACGGACGGCACGAAGAAGGGCGGCACGGAGGGCGGCGCGGGGGAUGCCACGAACGGGAGUAGCGAGAAUCGCAAGACGGGGGCUGCGGAGCGUAUCAACUUCAACAAGAGCGGCAGCGGGGGCAUCCCGAAAAACGGCGCCGCGGAUGGCAAAAGCGGCGCGGCUGGCAGUGGGGACGGCAAUAGGACGCCUCCUCAGGUAACUCCGCCGGGCCCGAGUGGUCGGCGGGGAGCAGCUGCGUCUCAAAUGCCUGAGGCCGCGGGGACGGGGGUUGUCGCCACUACUUCUCCUGCGGCGACGGGAAGCGUGUGGAGGAGCGUGUCGCACCUCCUGCCGUCGAGGCGACUUACAUCGCCCACCACAUUGAUGAGUGGCGGCACGCGUGAGAGGGGCGGCGAGAUGGGCGGCAAAGGUGCGGAUGGCGCGAGCGGCGCUGGCGGGAGCGCCACCGCUGGCCCGGUCCUCGGCGAAUCUUCGGUUGAAGAAGGUGAAGGUCAUAUCGCGUCGCCAACUUCCUCACCGGCCGCCCCUCCCGAGGGGUCGAGGCCGAAGAGGUUUUCCUCGACACCUAUACGAGCCGCCGGGGCCGCGUUGCAGGCUGUUGGGGCUGCCCCUUCGCGAGCUUGGCAAGCCACUGUCGGGCGGUUCGCGCGGAUGGCCGGAGAUAGGGCGCCGGAACAACUCAGCGCCGAGCGUUCGAAAGGCGCCGGCUCAGCCCGGGAAGUGCAAGCUACAGGCCAGCGAAGCGGAGCUCCAGGUCCUGCACGUUCUCCAGGAGAACCCGCCGGCGGCACAGGGUUGAUGAACCCCGUCAAUGUGUAUGUCCAGGGGGUCGACCCAGUUGUGUCUGGCCGGACGCGUAAAGCCCAAGCGGACGAAGAAUUCAAUCAGCAAAUCCAGGCGCACUUGUUGAGGGCCACGGCGGCACAAACAGCAGAAGUGAGCGCGCCGAGCGGGUCGGCGCUGCCCGCAGCCCUAGCAGCUCCGCCGGCUUUUCUGCGGGCAGAAAACCUAACAGGGCGGCAGCUCGUAUAUGUCCAGCAGCUCAGCCUCGGCGCAGCAGGUGCACCAGACCUGAUGCGUCGCCUUGCUGCGUCGUUGGCGUCAUCCCCAACAGGCGAAAGUAGCGGACACUCUUCAGCAACGCAUUCUGCAGUACAAGAGUUCAAUCACUACAUCUGGGCGGAAUUAAAGAACCGGGCCAAGGGGGGAGCGCAGCGAACAAGUGAAGAUGCACUCCUCCCCGCGCCACUACCUCUCUCGCCACACCCGGCCCCGCCACCAGCGAGUUAUCAGCGAGCAGCAAGCGCAAUGACACGGGGACAGCGCGUGAUAUAUGUCCAGCGGCUGGAUACUGAUAUACCCCGGCAGGAGGUGCAAACGGUCGAAGACUUUAAUCGCCAAGUGCUGAUGAACAUGAAACUUUUCGAGAAAGCGAACGCAGCACCAGAGAAGAUGGUCGUGGGUCCCCACGGCUCGAAACCUCCUUACUCAGCUUCUCAUCGAAAUAUAGUCGCAACUCCAGGGCAGACAAACGUAGUAUUUGUCCAGGGACUAGACGACGAUGUAUCCACACGCAAUCUUGAGUCGAGUAUGUCAUUCAUUUUGAUGAGUUUUGAUUUUGUAUUUAUCGCUAUUGAAAUUGCAGAGCGUUGACUUCUUGCAUAAGGAUAGGCAUAGGCAUUGAAGUAAAAAUUAGGAAACAGAUUUAUGCCCGCCUGCAUAAGCACUCACGCUUCAUUUGUCGUUCGCGAAGCGUGCUGCUGGUAGGCGUCACUCUUCCGCCUCGAGGCAGCAGCCUGACUCUGGUCUUCCAGGCGGUAGAUCAUGUAGAGAUGUAGGUCACCCCUCGCGUCGCAGCGCGAUACUAAAAGCACUCUAUCUUUUGUGCAAAAUUAAAAAAGGUAACGUGGCCGCAACGAAAAGGAAAAGUAGUUAUCUACGACAAAGCAAAAACUUUUCGAAAAAAUGAGAGCUCGAGGUUUUGCUACGAUAAGGCGUUCGGCGCUUUCAAAGCGAUUACCUGCGGAGGUGGGCCACUGCAGACACAGGUACUACAGCGACAAUGGCACAGUCGCUAGGAGUUGUGUGUUUUUCAAUUUGUAGUAAAUGAGAAAAGUAGUUUCUGGCAUGGCGGGUGUGGCCCUGCUAUCUUCAAGUCCUUGCGCUUUUUCUUCCGAGCCCUAUCCAAAAUCCUUUCCUUCCCCGGGUGCAUUCGCUUCAGUUGGGCGGCCUUUUUUGCAUUUUAGUGACCCGCCGGGAGAUGUUGCUUCGGCGGGCCUUUCCUGCCAGCGUCCGCGCGCCGCGCCUUCUAUGGGCUUGCACCUUUUCCCGCACGCGCAGCCCCCGACCGACCCGCAGCGCCUCUCCUGCUCGCUUCGGUCCCACUCUCGCAGCGACGCACAAGCAGGGUUGGGUCUGGGGGGCCUUGGUCGUUCGCACUGCUUGCUUCUGCGGCUUCGGCUUCGCUCGUUUUCAGAGGUUAUUUCUGCGGUGCGGCUGUCGCCAGUGGUUGCGCACAAGCGGCCUCGCAGAGGGUCAUUAGCCAUAAGGCUGGCCCCAGCGAGCAAACAAGUAGCCUCAGCUUACUGUAGCAGUCAGCCGCUGCCUGGCCACGUAGCUGCGCCGGUCGUCAGCUUUCUAGCCCUGUGAUGUGCAUGUGGGCCGUGACCCUCUGCAACCGCGCCGGCGGCUGGGUGGGAUUGAGGCGUCCGGUCGAGUAUGUCUUUUUAGAUAGACUCAGGCGACAAUGAUCCCGCCCUGGAGUGGUAUCUAUCAGGAUCAUGCAUAUUUUUAUUUUCUGGUAGGCUUUGCCUACCCUUUCUCCAUCGCUCAGUGGCAGGAGGCAGGAAAAACGUCGAGGUCGUGGAGAAGUAUGUAGAGGCCAUCACGCUGAUGAUGAGCCGCGCACCGGUGCAGGAAUAGAAUGAUGUGAGGGAGGCCUCCUCGACAUGUCGUUGCCCGUCGCCUCAUUUGCUUGCUGCUACGGCCGUUGUAUUGUUCCUUUGCACAGCCACAGGCUGGCCGCUUCUGUUUGUUUGGUGUAGUUGCCGCCGUUUUUUCGUCGUGAAGCCAAGCCUCAGCGUCGUCAAUAGUACGAAGGGCCAAAACUGUGCGUGAUGCGUGGGGCGGGCCCGCGCAAAAAAGGCCACGGGGCCGAUUCGUGUGUUGCCGUCUCUUGUUGUUGUUCUCCAAUUCUGGCGCCCAAUCAUUUUCCCGAGUAAGUGCGACUAACAGUCGAAGCCCGCCGGAUUUCAAGAACCAAAACAAAGAAGACUGUGGUCGCGAGGUGGCUGCGUGCCGUUUUAUUUUUACGCGUGGGCAGAGGUCUGAGUCUAUGUAAAUAAGCCUAUCACGCCACUGCUUUGAAUUCUGUGGGCGAUGUGGGCAGAAGUGUUAGCGAAGAGGCGCGCGCUAGACUAGAAUAAAAUGUGACUCACUAGCUCUCCUCCUCCAUGUUUGACAUUUCUUUGCUCGUCUUCCCGUUCUUCCGUUUCCUGCAUUUAUAUUUAUAAAAAAAAGAAAUACAAAUACUCUCAACACGAAAUAAAAACGUUAAUGCUAUUUACUAGCGCCUCUCCCUUUCCCCGGGCCCAACUGGCACCAAGCAGCUUUUCUUUCCUGCUCUGUGUGUUUUUCUUUUUUACAUCACGGCUAGGUCUAGGUCUAGGAUUAGAUCGAGCUGCACAUGAUGUGCGCCACCGCGUCUCUCUGUUCCGACUUGCCUACAUGCGGACGGCGUGACUUCCUCUAUUCAGCUUCCGUCCCGGAUCGCCGCUGCGAUGGGUUUCAGGGUUUCGGGCUUUGUUUGGGAUUCCUAAUUUGAUUUGGUUGCUAUUUAGCGCAGAGCCCGUUGCGUGUGAGCGGUCUAUGUAUUUUGCAGCUCGUUGAGGCACCCCCGGCAAUUUUUUAUUAUUGCUACAUACAUUUACAUUUCCAACUAGAAUUAUAACAAAACAAAAAGCCGCCCCAAGGCAACUCCACAACCACAGGUCGACCUUUUGCAGCUGGUCCGAGCAGCAGCGGCCGAGGGCAGGCCGCGCAAGUGGCUGCCGCUGUCGGGGAAUUUAAUAAGAAGAUGCAGGAGCGUCUCUUCGUCCAGCACCGGGGCGCCGUUGGCGAUCGGAAUGAGGCUGGCAAGCAGGAUGGGACUGGUGCAGGGCAAAGAGCUACCACAGCGCAGGAAACGAGAAAAGCGAGCGGCAGCGAUGUGCGGAAAACGCAAGAAGCCCGCCGCCAUGACUUCCUUCGGGAGGGAGAACGACGCUCACCAGCUGAAUUAGGCCUACGCACACCGGGCGGCGUUAAGUCCUUUCAAUAUGGCCCAUUUUAAAGUUUUUCGGGGGAUGCCAGAAAUUCGGGGCGCCCGCGCGCUUUUUCUUGCCGUGGCGCCCUUCGUUCCGGGCGCGUGGUUUCGUUGUUGCCCGCCGCCUCUUUGCUCUCUACCCGGCGCCCAGCUUCGUGUCCCUUCACUCGCUACCCGGCGCCCCUGGGUUGUUUUCUUGCCCGCCAGGCGCGAGAAGAGCAUAGCCUUGGCUUUUCUCUGUCUUUCUUUUGUAGCCCCGCGCCCUUUAUACUAUUUUUCCGCACUGUCUGAAGGAAUUCGUGCCCUGUGGUGCUGAUGUGCGUUUUCAAAUAUAAAAUAAAGGCGCAGACGGCCAGGCGCUCUUCCUCUUUUGGGUAUAGCUAGGUGGCGCUCUUGGGAGGAGCUAGAAGACAGCCGGGGCGGCCGGGCUUCGCUUUCAGAUCGUCGCCCCGGGCGGUCGUAUAACAGGGCCAAAGCCGUUCCGGUGUCAUCCUCGUCCCUGGGGCUGCCGCGCCAAACUACAAACUCAGAGGCCUGGAGGGGCGCCCGGCGAGGUCAUGGCGGCUAUGGCGAUGCCGUGUUGUGCCGCCCUUUUCACACAGACACCACCCCCCCAGCUGCGGGGCUGCUUUGGUCGUCGUUGGGGUUCUUCCUUCUCGCGCCGGCCCGCCACGUUUUUUUAUUUUCCCCCGCAGCUACCGCAUCUGCAGCCAGGCGCCUUGCCUUGUUCAGGGAUUUACGUAGCAGCACGCGCGAGCAGGCUUUUUCCGCCCCCAUUGACCCUGAAAAGCCCGCUCGCGAUUCCUUUUUCCCUUGUUUGGUUUCGAUACGCACGUUCCCAGCGGCCCCUGGGCCUCCUCCAGGGGCUGGGCGGGUAUCUUCCGACGAGUGGCCCUCUUUCAUUUAGUUGCGCCCCUGUUCCCUUUUCAGCCCCCUUCCGAUUGUUCUGGUAGAUUAGGUCUUCGGGUGUUGUGGGUUGUUCUUGAGCGGGUCGCUGUUCUUCAAAGCCGGAAAAUGUUGCCAGCGUUCGGAACAGAAUGCCGCCACGGGUGUUUUCCAUCUGAUCAGAACGCUUGGAAAAAGAUUGCGCCGACGUGUUGUGGAAGGACUUGCAGGCGAGUGAGUAUCAACAAGCCGUAGCGCCCAUAGUGGACAAGCUUGAGCCGAUCUGCUAUCGCUACGCCCACGAACAACAGGGGGCAAGCUUGUCACCAUGGUGCGUCGAGAGAGCACCCAGCCCCAGCCAGUGCUACGAUUUAUUAGUUUCGGCGCGCGUGGUUUUCGCCGAGGAGAAUCCGGAACUGGCACGCAGAGCCGCGCAAAUACAAGAAAUUGGGCCAGGAAAGGUUACGAAGAUGGCACUCCUGAAGGGGGACCUGGAGAAGGAAAUUGCAACUCUGAAGAAAAUCCGCGAACGCAUUAGAAAAGCGGGCCCGGGGGGAGAGCAACAGUACAAAACUACUUUGCGCGUUUUGUAUAAUGUUAUUCUCGGCAAGGAUGAACGUAGUGAGGAGGCCCUGUUGACGCCCAAUGAACGUCGGCGCCUAUUCCUUCUCUUCCCGGACAUCGCUGAUCGGGCCAGAGAAGGCUUCAAAGAGAUGGAGAACAUGAUACGCAAGCUUCCAGCGAUCGCGAUGCAGAACAACAUACACAAGCGCCUGGUUAUGGGCGGACAAAGUGCAAAGCCAGACACCCACAAAGUGCAAAGCUUUUUGGGCCAUUGGGCAGAAUAACUUUUCAACCGGUUUGCGCACUGCUGUUCUUUUGACUGAAUUCUGAGAAAACUGCGCCAAGAGCCCAUCGGGAGAGCAAGGCUUCUUCAAAAUUGUUUCGCAAAAAAGAUGCGCAGCAACGUUUCCAAAUUCUUCUGCCGGCAACAGAACUCUUUUGCCCAAGGACGCAAGAGCUUGGCGUCUUUCAGUGUCAGGCUUUUCGUUUUGUCCGUUCAUACGGAGGCACGCGGACGACGCGGUCGUUCGCGCUCAUUUCGAUCCGCAGACAGAACGUUUGUUGAGAGUCGCCGCGGAAGAAUUGUACCCGGGCGCGCAUCAGGAAUACUGGCGGCUGGAACCCUUGCCAGCUGAACGAGGUAGAGAGCCAGGCGCCGCCGGACGCAAUGGAAUAUCCUUUCUACAGCUACAACAAAUUCCCGUGUCUAGCAGCCUAAAGGCACACACGGCACAGGCCUCCAUCUCCGAGGUUCUCCCCUACACCCAGCAGCCCGGCAGUCAUGGCUUUCCUGCCAGUGGUGCAGAGACGAGACUAUCCGAACUCAUUACCACCUGCCCCGGCGAAAUUAUCGCUGAGCUUUUUCCUCGCGAGGAAGGCUAUCAUACACAAAAUUGAUGGUCGUGCUCAACAAUAGCACACAUAGCUAUAGCAGAGAGGCAGGCUUUGUUCUUUGUUUUAGUUUUGUUUUUGGUUUUGCAUAAAGAUCAUGGCGACGCAAACGCAUGCGUCGACUGCUAUGUGCAGCUCGGCACGCGACCAGUUCCCGUCCGCAAUUGCGCAGGAGAUCAAGUAAAUUCUAUGCAUGAGAAGAUUUCCUUUGCAACUGUGGCACUAGGUAGAAGUAUGUCGCGCAUGGUAGCUUAGUUCUUCCCCGACGAACAAUGCGGGACACAGUAAGAGCACAGAACUCCCGCAACGCCGAUCAUGCUUGUCCAGCUAGAUUUUUGGUUUUGCUGUAUGAUACGCAGCAGGGGAAUGCCGCUGCGGCUGCACACCUUUCUCCGCAGUGCGCAAUCAGUGCCGCUUCCUUGGCCGGGGUUUUCGUAUGCGACUAAAAGACGAGCGGCUUUCUGCUCUCGACGCGGACUACAUCUUCAAACAAGAAGGAGCGUGGACUUCCUCUCCUGUCCAGAAGCCCUCCGCCUUUGCCCCCACGUGGUCUUCAUCCGCGUGCGCAAUUAAGUAUUACCUUUGUCAUGCUCAGUCAGCAGCAUAGUGAUAGUGAUAGUUUAAAUUUAAAAUGAAUACUUAUGAAGAGCUAACCUCAACCACGAUCAGGAGCAGGACGAGUCAUCUGAGCUUCAUGAUCAGGCUCAGGAACACGAGUCCUGCAUCUAUCAGACGCCCGCGCCAGCAAGCGUCUGCUUGAUCAGAGUGUUGUUUUUAUGCUCGUCACGGAUGACUGAUGAUGUUCAUGUUUUCUUCUUUUUGUUUUUUCCCUUUCCUGGAUAAAGUAUAUCUAUAUACUUUAUCCAGGAGCUGCUCCAGAAGAAGAAUGUGACUAAAGUAAAAAAGACCACCUGAACGACGGAGGGGAAGGACAGCCAGGAAUCCCGCAGUUGGAAACCCGUGUCGUGCGGAGCGAAAGUCGCUUUAUUUUCGUUUUGACUAUCAAGUUUAAAGAACCUCCCUCCGCUCCCACGAAACUCGUGGUGACAAAGAGCGUGGUGAUGCGCUAGCUCUUCAUUUAUUUUGUAGGUGAAUGACAACUACGCGGGCCGUGGUGAAGAUCAUUGUCUGCUAAAAGUGGAGUUCUACAAGUACUUCUUCUUGUACACCUGGGCCGCGUUUUCUUGUUUUCUGAGUCCGCUGAAGAGGGGGGUUCUUCCAGCUGGAUAAGCUUACCGUGCCGGCUUGGCCUUCCUCAUCUUUCUCCGGUGUUUCUGUUGGGCCAGCCCGAACAGAAGACGCCGAGCUGGCUCAAAUAAUUCUUGCCGCAGCAAGUUCUUUACCUGUGGCAGCAGAAAUUCGUCGUCUGCGGAGGGCGAGGGCCGGACCGAUUAUUUUCCCCGGGCAAGACGCCGCGCGGACUCCGUUUCCACGUCUAGUUCCGAGGAAGAAGGGGGCGAAACAACUGGAAAAGGGUAUGAUAUGCAGGGCGCGCGAGUGCAACUGCAACUGGAACGGAGCAAGUAUGAGUAUGAUGCUGAGGCUGGGCUGACAGUACACGACGAAGGUGCGACAAAUCCUGGCGAUUGCGCUGCCGCAACAGCUGGAGACGGACACGCUGUGCUGGGCAUAACUACUUGCGAAGGACAAGGACGGGCCGAAGAUCAUCCUGAAGACCCUUCUUUUUCCACACAAGAAGCAGGAUCUUUCUGCAUAUUACUGCAGAACCUGCAAGCGACCCCGGCGGCCUGGACCUCCGUGCUAGCGCGCAGAUUUUCCUUUGCCGCGAAACUUUUUCACCCGACAAGAAUACGGCUGCUGUUCGACGGGGGCGCCAGAAACACCGGCGACGAAAAUCAUGCUCUCCAGCACCCACUCCGCGUGGUUGAUCCCGAAGCGCAACAAGAAUGCGGAACGGGACAGGAGAGCGAACAAGGUCAAUCGCUUUAUGAUUUAUUGCCGAUCAGAAUGAUAAACAAUGUUGCCGAGGACGAGCCGGGGUCGACAUCGCUGAUGCCGCGAAAAGGAAAGACAGAUCUUCGCCAGGAGCACAAGCGGGAUUCAUUGCUGCAGCACCACCUCCAGCUGGAGCUGCCGGAGCAAAGCCAAAGCGGGCCCGAUGAAACUGAACAGCAAACGUUGGUGCAAAUAUCGGACGACGAAGGUCCCCCUCAUGUACCCUGUGUAAAGACGUCCCCACGACCCCGGAGUUGUCAUGCUGAUUUCCAAUGACAGGAACAUUUGUGAUGCGCAUAUCCAUCAUAGGCAUGAUUUCCAAUCAUGUUCUAAAAUUUGUAAUGCUGUAAACAGGAAGAUAAAAGGGGUUUGUAAUGCGGCUGUCGCUGUCCACACUAACCUGCACUACCGUACGAGUUGAAAUUUGUCAUGCGUGACCACCAAAACUUCUAAGGUUUGUGUUGCAAAAUCCCCAUCUUGGCUCUGACAGGGGGACGUUUUUACUGAGGAUAUUAUGAUGCUCAGCAUCUUCACGACCGCAACGUCGCGCUACACGAAGGCGCGCUGCUGUUCAGCCGGUACGGUCGAGUUGGUGAAGAUGCUCCUCUAUGAACUGCAAAAGUAUCGUACUAGUGUAAAUUGCAUUACAAAAUCAUUUAGCAUUACAAAUUCAAUUUGUAGUAAUGCGGAUUUGCUUUAGUAAAGACAUUUAUAAUGCAUAAAAACGCGUACGAGUGCGAUACUUUUGCACAGGAUAUCCCCAGCAUGAUCAUCUGCAUGGAGAUGUUGUUGAGCGUUAUCCGGCGUCGCAACAUCAUCUACCCCACGGAGGCGCCGCCGCCGGCCAUUUUCAUGCAGAAGGUGAUCAGCUGCGUCGCUACGGCCUGAGGACCACUGCUGGAACAUCAAAUGGCCCGCCGACUGAGACUCACUACGAGUACGGAGCCGCGAGCGACACCGAAAACGAGGACGAGGAGCAGGCUGUGUAUGACACCCUCAGAAUGGAAAUCCUCAAAGUGGAAAUAAUUGGCUUCGGUUCGAAUCAGAUUAUCAAUAAUUUGUGAUGCAUGAAAUGCGACACCAAAAAGACUGUAUUGCAGAGAACGCACUGGAGGCCGACUACGAUGCUUCUACGGGUUCAGAAUUGGGCUGCUGAUUAGCAUGAGAGAAGGGCACCACUUUGCCUAACUAGCAUGACAAACACGUUUUGAGUGCCCGGGAAAUUUUUGUCAUGCGCCGACUAUAAAUGGUGCUCCAACUGGCGUCGUUUUUUUGCAUUACAAAUUAUUUUCACUUUGAGGAUUUCCAACCUGAGGCUUUCAUACUGUGUUGCAGGCGUUCUUGCUGCGUUGCGAGACCAGCAGCACCGCAGGACGUCAUAUCCUGAGUAGAAUCGUCCCCACCCCAUAGUCAACAAGAUGGGGAUUUUGCAACACAAACCUGGAAUUUUUGGGACUCAUGCAUCACAAGUUGCAGUCCGUAGUGUAGUGCAGGUUAGCAAGGGCAAACGCAUCAGAAAUCCAUCUGAUUAUCCUGGUUGCAGCAUUACAAAUGCCAAAACACGACUAGAAAUUCCUCUCAUGGAGAUGCCCAUUACAACUGUUCCUGUCAUUGCACAUCUGCAUGACAACUCUGGGGUGGGGACGUUUUUACAAAUGAUACGUCAGAGCGUUUGGUUUCGAGUCAGGGCGACGCUGCAGCGGUAUUGGAAUUUCGCCAUGAUCCUGCAGGACGAUGAGCAGAUCGAGAUCGACAACCACGGGGGCGAAGGGCUCCGGCCAGGAACCUCCACAUCGGGAUAAGUACAAAGCGCAGUGGUCGUGCUGCGAUAGCGAUUGCAUUACUGGCAGUUCUUAGGAGUAGGAAAUCAACAUCGCAAAAAAACAUAUCCCUCGUGACUUUCUGCAGUCCGCGCCGCCGCACCUCGCACGCGAUGCUUCCAGGUGCCGUGUGGCCAAGGAGCUGUUGUAUGAUCGGCACUAUCUUCGAUUUAUUUGUUCAUACAUAAAUUGUUUUAUUUUGCUGCCAGUUUACUUCUUAUCAUCUUCUACAAGUCAUAAUUCUGUGCGAAUCGAAGACAAACACUUGCGCUGCUUGUAUGCGCGCAGGAAUUCGCGGUGGUCCAACUACAACACCACUACAACUUUUUUAUACGUAGACUCAUCUAACAACAUUCCAUGGGGCCUCGCCCCGUCACCCGUUCACCUCGUACUCCAGUUGUAGUGUGGACGAUCAAAUUGUGGCCCUCGGCCGUGAAUGGUCCCCCACCGCGCUCGGAGUUUUUCUUGUUUCCCAUCACGAUUCUAACAUUUACCAUAACAUUCUUACUUUAACGCUAUCAUACACAAUUUGAAUUUGAUCACUUUUGUUGUCCGUAUUACAUACACAUUCACAUUUUAUUUUUACACAAUUCAGGUACACAUUACGAUACACCAAUUACGCAUUUUUCAUUUUUGUUCAUUUUGGUUUUGCUUUUUUCAAUUUUUGACGCCGACCCAUUUGAAUCUCAAUCGAGUAGCGAAAGCACGUUCAUUCUAGUCAAAUAUUUAGUAGCGAGCGAGGACAUAAUUUCUUUCUACAGUAAAAAGCAAAAGCUUGUAAUUUUAAGCAUUUAUUCCAUCUUCUCUUGCAAACCCAACUACGAGAAAUAACGACGAAACAACGUAGACAAGAAUCGACUAAGGGCUAAAAUAUUUUGACAUAGUGGAGAUAUCGAAGAUUUAGAUUUCAAAACGACGACAACACCGAGCGACGAGGGGUUCUUGACCUCGCUGCAAGUCUGUUUAUUCUUAACAAGAACACCGAGCUGCAAAAGCAGUUCGUUUCUUUGUUUAUUACCUCCACAACUAGCAUGAAUGUGGCCCGCAGCCGCAUGGGGCGGGGACCACCAGGCGCCUCUUGCUAGAGAUAAUGUCAUGGAAAAAUGCAACGAAAUCGAAGAGCUUGGAGGUGAAGAACCAGACGUCGAUAUUUUCUACAG